AGCCGAAUUUUUUCAAACAACAACGGCAAGUCCGCCAUUCUGUCUGUUUCAUCUUUGUUGCUGUAAUUCGUGUUUUGUGUAAAGUGAUUUCUGUGCCAAGUUUUGUAGAACGAGACACAAACGACACCAAUCUAGCUCGGUACGCCCGCGAGCAGUAGUGUUCGGCAUUUUCAAAAAGGGUAGUGUUAUUUUCGUACUGUCGCAAAACCACCGUGCGCUUGUGAGGUGAAGCGGUUGUUUUACGCAAAGCAUCCAAUUUUCGUCUGCCGCCCGGUGGGUAGUGCUGCUGGCCGUUUCGUGAAAAGUGUGUGUGUGUUUCGACCCAUCAUCCACCGUCAGGGCACGCAAGAUGAGCACCGGUGCACCGAAGCUCAGCACCUCGCUGGACGAAAGUCAGCUCAGCCAAGUGAAGGAAUGCUUGGCCAGCUUCGCCGAACAAACUUUCGUAUAGUGUGUUGUUCUGCGUGUAACUGAAAAGUGUAAGGCGUGUGUGUAUGUAUGAGUGUGUGUGUAAUAUUGCAGUUCGCGCGGAAUGAACAGCCAGCUUUGAAAACGAUGAACGAUGACUUCCACCGGUGCAGCAGUUAACACGUUUCCCAGGUACCACGGCACACGCACUGCCGCCGGAUGGUGCCGAAAAUGAUCGUUAAAAACGGUUCGGUUUAGAAAGGGGAAGGCAACGACGUGUGGUCUGCUUCGCGGCUGCUAGCCGCUCCGCUGGGCCUGGUGUUGUGUGUGUUCGUGCAGCAUUGUGUUUAGGUGAACAGCUCCGCAGGUGCAUUACAGACACUGUUAUUGCACGGCUUGGCUUGCCGAUGCUGUUGUGUGUGCCUGUGAUUGGUUUAGAAGAUCUGCAGGGAGCAGAGAAAGCCGGAGCUUCCGGAAAAGCAAAUUCAAACUUGUGUUUAGAGGUGCCCACUUCCCGAAGGGGUAUCAUUUUUUAUGUGCCAAAGAAAAGUGUCCAGAAACCAAAGCGCGCGAGCACAAGCAGGUGCCCAACGGUGGGAGGAAGAGUAAAACGAAAACAAACCCCCCGAGUGUGAUAGAGUGAUAGAGCAGCGCGAUGUCUGGAAUAUUCAAAUACACGCCCAACCGGACGGCAGCUUCCACGCCGAACCGACGAUCAGCGUUCGGCACUGGAUUCGGCAGUCCCGGCGUACACCAGGAUGCCACCAUGGACAACUCAUAUGCGAUGGGAUUCCGUUCGCCCUCGAUAAACGCCCUGACCGGUCACGGUUCGCCGGUUCAGGUGCGCUCGCUGCGCGACAACGAGGAGGAAAUUUCCACCCUGCGCAAGGAAAACUUCAAUCUGAAGCUACGCAUUUACUUCCUCGAGCAGAAGGCGGGCAUCUGCACCGACAAUGACACGCCCGGCGGACUGGGUGUAACCUCAUCGUCCGCGUCCAACACGUCGUGCGAUGGGAACUAUCUGAAACAGAACAUCGAUCUUAAGGUCGAGGUAGAAUCGUUACGGCAGGAUCUGCAAAGCAAGCAUGAUCUGCUGUGCCAGGCCGUCAAGGCGAUGGAAGUGCUGGAGGAAAGCCACAAGAAGGCGGAGGAACGGCACCGCGAGCUGGUGAACGAUCUGAACCAUCGCAUCGAGAACCAUCAGGCCGAGAUUCGGUCGCUGGAGCUGAUGGCGGGCGAGCUGCAGAAGCAGCACCGUGAGCUGCAGCUGUCCACCAGCUUGCGGGGCGAUCCGGAGCUACAGCAGCAGCAGGAGCAGCACGCGGCCGAAGAGGGAAAGGAGGGCAUGACGACGCGGGACAAUGUCGGCGAAAGCUUGCUCGACUUUCUGGACGCGGUGCAGCAGCACAGCGAGCUGAGCGUGCAGGAGAAGCUGAAGGUGCUGGAGAUGGAGAACGCCGUCCGGCAGUGCCAGGAGCGUAACGAGCAGCUCACCCGCCAGGUGGAACAGCUGCAGGCCAUCAUCGAGGAGAAGGCGAGCAAGAUCAGCCAGCUGGAGAUGGAGCUGGGCGAGCUGCGGUUCGAGAAUGCGGAGCUGCGGGAGGAAAGCGAAAAGCCACAAAGCAACAUUGAGAUUGAUCGACUUAAGAAGCAAAACUUUGAUAUUCGGGCCGAGCUGGCGGAGAAGCUGUGCGUGCUCGACGACACCGAGACGAAGCUAAAGGAGAAAACGCUCGAGUGCACCAAGACCUGCAAAAUGGUGGAAAAGUUGAUCAAAACCAUCACCGAGCAGGACAAGGAGCUGGAGAAGCUGAAGCGAAACUCGCCGAUAGAAGCGAACGCCGGUGGUCGCGAGCCGCCGAUCCGAAAGAACAUUUCACUUCACUCCGAGCACGGCAUGAACGGUGGUGCAACGGGCGCCCUGGCUGGUGUGGCCGCGCUGGCUGUGCCCGAAAUCGUGGACCAGGACCGCAAACCGGUCAGCCAGGCCGAGUACGACGCGCUGGUGCAGCGGGCGAAGCUGCUGCAGCAGAAGAACGACACGCUGAUCCACAAGCUGUGCGGCAACGGUGGGGCGGGCGACCAUCGGAACGAUCGCAACAUCAUCAUCAAGCAGCUGAACGACGAGCUGAUCAAGGCGCGCGAAGAGGCGGAAAAGGCCCAGAAGUGGCGCAAAGAGUACGCGGACCUGUGCGCGAUCUCGACGCACCGGCUCGAGGAGCUGGCCGGCUUUCUCGAUUCGCUGCUGCGGAACAAGGAGCUGAUCGGGUCGCUGUCGACGGACAGCCGGAAGGCAAUCCGCAACGCGGUCGAUCGCAGCCUGGAUUUGUCGCGCAGCCUCAACAUGUCGAUCUCGGUGACGGGGCUUUCGCUGAUCGGCACCAACAACAACAGUCUGGCGCAGCUGAGCUGCCUGUCGGGCUAUCUGGAUCAGUCGGCCGUCCUGGAGCAUGGCGAGCACAGCAGUGCCGGCGACGAUGUGGACGACGAGCACGAUAAGGAAAACCGCGCGUCGAACGUGAAAGGACAGACCAUUCAGACCGGCGGUCAUGGUGCGCUGUUUGGGGGGCUGAACCAAACGAAGCAGAUGAUCGAAACGUUGCGCGCAGAGAACAAAGCAUUGCGGGGCGAGCUGAUGGAGCAGCAGCAGCUGCAGCAGCAGCAGCAUCAACAGCGAACUCGGCGCCGCGAAAGCAAGGAGCGCAAGUCCGUCCCCAUCGAGCCGAUUUCCGACUCGGAAGCGUGGUCCGAACCGGAUCGGGGCGUUUCGCUCGCACGCAUCGGGCUCGAGGACAGCUCUUCGGCUUUGCUGCGGCAAAAGAACGGUCCAGCCGGCGGUCCGACGGCGUCACUAAGCUCGCCAACGUCGGGCGCUGCUGCGCUGGAACUGAGCUCCACCUCAGACAACGAACCCGGAUUGUUGGCUGCUGCCGGUCUUUCCUCGCAGCGGAAAAGCGCAACCGUGGCUGAAAUGAAACAGCUGCAGGAGACGGUCGCAUCGCUCAGCAAAGAGCUGCAGGACAAGAACGGAACGCUGCUGACCGUACAGAGCCAGCUGGUCGAUCUGGACAGUGAGCUGCAGCGGGAGCGAAUCCGGGCCGCCAAAGCGCAAACGGAAGCGACCGAAACGCGCCAACUGUCCGAACGGUGGGAACGGGACGCCGCGGUGCACAGGGAACAGGCUGAACAGGCCGCCCAACGGCUGGCGGCGCUCGAGGGCGACAUUCGGCAGCGCGAUGCGCUGAUCGAGAAGCUGCGCAAGGAGCGCGAACAGGCGGCGGUCGAUCUGCGCGUGGCCAUGAUGAAGCUGGAAACGAUGCAGUCCGAGUACGGCGAGCUGCAGCAGCGGCACCGGCGCGAACUGGACGCCAUGCUGGCGAAGGAGCAGCAGCAGCUGGAGGAGCUGCGCCAGAGCCUCACCGAAUCAUUCCGCAACGAGCUGCAGCUGAAGCAGCAAUCGUUCGACACGGCCCUGGCCCAGAACUACAUCUCCAAAAACAUCCACCAGGAGAAGGUGCGCGAGCUGAACGAGCUGCACUACCGGCUGGAGGAUGCGCACAACGACCUGUCCGCGAUGGCCGAGGCGGAGGAGCAGCUGCGCCGCCAGCUGGCCGACUGCGAGCGCAGCGCGGCGGCGAUGAAGAAGAGCCUCGACGAGGCGACGCUGCAAGCGUCCAAGGCAGCGAUCGAGCGGACGAAGGCGCUGAACGAGAAGCGCCAGCUCGAGACCGAGCUCGGCUUCGCGCACGACGAGCUGGAGCAGCUGAAGGUGGAGAAGAACGCACUGAACGAGCAGCUGCAGACCAUCAUUCGGACGCAGCAGCAGCAGCAGCAUCCACGCAGUCCACGUGGUUCCGGCGGCGGCAACCAAUCAGCGUCCGGAACGGACGAAGAAAUUACGCCCGGUGUACGGCGACAGCUCGAGAACUCAUCGCCCGAUCUCGGCAUCGAGAGUGAUCCCGGCCGGCUCUCGAACGUGGAGCUCAAGUUUGCGACCUCGCCGCAGCAGCGUCCCCUUCUCAAAACGCUGGAACUGACGAAAUCCAUGUCCAACUUGCUAUUGAAUCCGAACCAGGAAGUCAAACCGGAGAGCAGUGGAGAAUCGUCCAAGGGGGCGGCUGGCGGCGAACAGCAGGAAGGUGGUGGGGUCGAUAAGACGACGGUGAUCCAUCACGACUGUGCCAAGAUCGAGGUCGACUACAGGGAUCUGAUGCAUCGGUACAACAAAACGCGCCACUAUCUGGCCGUUGCGUACGACAAAAUCAAAUCCUCCAACAAGGUGAAGAAGCAGCUGGAGAUUGAGGUGAAGCAGCAGAUCCACAAGACGAACGUCGUGCUGAAGACGGUGCAGCGCAAUCUGGAUUCGGGCAACGAUGGCGCUGGUGAGCAUUGAGCUUUGAGUAGAGAGGCAGGCAGGCAGGCAGGCAGGGCCACAACAAACACCAAUGCAACGGUUUUUUUUUUUUUUGUAACAAACAGUGGGAGUGUUUUCAUUUAAUUUUGUAUAUAUAUGUGAGUGUGUAUAAUGUCAGAAAGAGAGCAAUGAGUGCGCGAGGUGAAAGCAAAAAACCACAAUGGUGUAUACACUGACAACACAUCAGAGUAGGCGGACUGAACACAGCCGGGAGAGGGAAAAAGCUCAUUCCAGAUUCCAUUUCCGUUGCGAUUCAGUCUAAUCGGGUGUGUGUUAGACCGUUGUAUACAUUUUUAAACCGCUGUGUAAAAGGGAACCCCCUCCAAGGACUGUUUAAAGGAAAGUGUUUGAAUUUGCAGACAAUUGUGUACAUAUAUAUAUAUGAGGACAGAGGUGUGCGAGGUAAAAGGCUGUAGCGAGGGCGUGUGUGAAAGAUCAGUUGAAAAAUAGGAAAGAAAAAAGGAUUUAUUGCGGUUUAGGAGGAGCUUCGAUUGUCAGAGAAUUGCGUCAGCAGCAGCAGCAGCAAGAGCGACGAGCGUGUUUGUAACGUACUGUAAAACGUGUUUGGGAGAAUGUGAACCUGCUGGAAUGUGAGACUAACUUAUUUGCGUACUGUUAUUUGAUAAUGUGUGUAUUUGUGAGGACGACGACAUGAUUGGUCCGAUCUGUAAAUCGAGACACGGUAUUAGACAAAAAAGGAGGACAAGAAGGCGGAGGUGACAAAAUAAAUCCAAUAAUAUUGUUUGAUAAUAGAA